AGUUGUGUCAAAUCAGUGUCAAAAAUAAAAUAAAAAAAAUUGCUGUUGCGGUGGAACUAGCAGAAUUUCCGUAGGAUCUAGUUUUUAUUCGUUGCCCCUCUGUUCUCUCUUCUAGUUAAUAGGUAAAACAGUGAUAUCUGUGGGCGGUAGCAGAAUUCUCUUCGUCAGCAGUGGAAGUGUACAACGUUUCAACACGGCAAAAUGGGCCUGCUAUACAGGGUUCGUGUCCGAGUCAUCAACUGUUUGAUCUUCUUCUUAUUGGUGGUGUUGCUUCCCGGCUUACCACCGAAAACUACAUUCCCAUUCGAAGGAUUUAGGUUUGCCAAGCCUCGCGAGUUGAAAGGAGCACUAGAACCCACGAAUCAUCUAGACAACGCCGAGCGACUGUUCGAGGGAAAGAUCUAUGGUCCCGAAGCUUUGCUCGUGCACGGAAAGGAUCUCUUCACCACGAUCCAUGGUGGUGAAGUAAUUCGCAUCAAUGGUGAACACAUUACACACAUUGCCAAAUUCGGAAAACCAUGUGAGUUAUCAUUCGAGGAGGAAACGUGCGGUCGUCCGUUGGGGCUAGCUUUCGAUACGAAAGGAUCCAACCUGAUCGUUGGUGACGCCUACUACGGUAUCUGGUCGGUUGAUUUGACAACGGGUAACAAGGAGCAGCUUGUUUCGCCUGACACCGUGCUGGAGGGCAAGGGAGUAAAUCGAAAAGGAAAACUGUUUAACAGCGUAGCCGUCGCUCGCAAUGGGGAUAUCUUCUGGACGGAUUCCUCUUCCGACUUCACGCUGCAGGAUGGUGUGUUCAGCGUGUUUGCCAAUCCUUCCGGUCGUUUAUUCCAGUACGAUCGCAGCACGGGUAAGAACAAAGUGUUGCUGGAUCGUUUGUACUUUGCCAACGGUGUGGCACUGAGCCCCAAUGAGGAAUUUGUACUGGUGGCGGAAACAAUGGCAGCGCAGAUUCGUCGUUACUAUUUGACGGGACCGAAGGCUGGUACUGAUGAUAUCUUCAUCGAUGGUCUGCCUGGUUUGGUGGAUAAUCUCGUUGCGGACGCAGAAGGCAUUUGGGCACCACUGGUCCAAGCCGCCGACGAUGAGAAUCCAUCGAUCACACAGAUGGUGUCAAACGUGCCGCUUAUCCGCAAGUUUGUGAUUCGUAUGCUAGCCUUAGCUGAGUUACCCAUGCGGUUAAUCCAUCAGGUGAUGCCUAAUGUGCACACGCAGCGCAUCAUUCACGCGAUUGGCCACUUUGAGUCGCUGAUAUUCUUUGCACCAAGUCGCCAAACCGUGGUGAAGAUUAGCUGGAGUGGCCGUAUCCUUGGAUCGCUGCAUGGUUUUGACGGUAGCGUUGGAAGUGUGUCGCAUGUGGCCGAACUGGGAGACUAUCUGUAUUUGGGCUCGCCGUACAAUAAGUUCUUGGCACGUGUUCCCCUACCAAAGAUGCCAAAGAUAGAAGUCCGUGAUGUGAAGUACAAACCGGCAACGGAAACAACGGCUACACCGAAACCGACCACAACAACAACGACUACAACACCGAAACCGACCACAACAACGACUACUCCGAGACCGACGACUACCACAACUACGCCGAAACCGACGACCACGACGACUACUCCAAAACCAGCAACAACCACGACUACUCCAAAACCAACAACCACGACUACCACCACUCCAAAACCAACGACAACCACCCCCAAACCGGCAACUACUACCACCACCCAAAAGCCUAAAACCACGGCAACUCCAAAGACUACUACAACCGUCCCGAAACCAACAGAAGCUCCCAAAGCUUCCACCGAGGUACCAGUGACAGCGAAGAAAAGCGAAAAGAAACCAGCUGCAUCGGAGCAACCGACAACAAGCACCAAGGAAACCAAAGCUGAACCGGCUCCAAUACACGAGAAAGUUCCCAACGAUACUCCCAAACCGAAGCAAGAGAAGUUGAAAGUAAUCAAAAAGGGCGGUGAACAGGGAGAACUAUAAGACUAGCGCGAUCAGCGACGCACAAAAAAAUCCUUCAUGCUGAUCGAAUCAUCAACAUAGUCACGUAUGCACAACACGUUCGUCAUAGGAUGCGUGACGGAUGUAGUCAAAUACCUCCAAGCAAAAUGCGCAAACAAUUAUCGUACGCGUACGGUUUACUCUGCAGGAGUGACCGGCCAAACAUGUCCGUGGGUAAAGCUUUAGAUACUAUCGUUACCGCAAAACACCGUCAACAGUCCCUGGCAUUGCGAGAGGAGGAGGGAAGUUUUAAAGCAAUAAUCAAACAUCCAAAUCCGUGUGAAGGGUGUUAUCCAUCCACCAGUGUGCAUCAGCCCCGGACAUAAAAAGGGGUAAUUUAACUGUAGCAGCUAAAAGUCAAACAUUCUUGUUAAUUUCAUUCCAUGAGUGAGGUGUGUAUGUUUUUUUUUUAAAGUCUGUUAAUUCCUACGGGAAUUUGUAUUCAUCCAAGUAUAUACUCUGUUUGUGCGUAGGUAGACAAAUUCGUUCCAAAAACAUUCUUUCUUUUGCGGCAGGCGGGGCCAAAGUUGGGAAACAAAUAGGAUGAAGGUACGUGGAGAAGAAUGUUCACUCCGUCAUUUUUCUCCGGUAGAAAAAUUUGGCAGCGAUUAGUGAGGGGAUUGGAUGUAGAUGUAGGUGUUUAGGAGGGUUGAAAUUAUUACUGAAAAAGGUAAAGGAAACUGUACUGUUUGACAUUGUUUUCAUACUCAUCAUGUAUAUUUAUUAGUGGUUUAUGUUUUGCUUCAAAAAUUGAACUCUUUUGGCACUAUUUAUGGUUUAAUGUUUCCGACUGUGGUUACGAUGGCGACGGAGAAUAUAUUUUUUUGCUUGGGUAA